AUGUUGGAGUUAACAAGACUUUACAACAACACGUUUGUACUCCAUGGGGCUCUUGUGAUGAUAGGAAGUUUUAUUUUUUCUUCAGGAUCUACAUCUUUAAUUGAACCACAACAUCGAGUCAUGAAUUUAGGUCUAUCAGCUGGAGGCCAUACAAUUCAUAGAUUUUAUACUGCAAAAGAAAAAAUCUCAGCCUUGGCAAAUUAUUUUCAAACACUUCCUUAUCAUAUCGAUCCUACAAAUAAAUCAAUAGAUUAUGCUUAUUCAGAAAAAACUAUCAAAGUUGUCAAACCUUAA